AUGAAGUCUUUAACCGAAUGCCUGAUAGACAAAGAAGGUACUAAAGAAAAGGUUUGGGAAAACAUGCCAGGAUCUAAUGCAGAAAAAGAAGAAAACAUUGAGAAUGUUAAAGACUGGACAACAUACACUUCCCAACAACAGAGAGAUGAGCUACAGAGAGCAAAGGUUGGAUUUUUUAAACUUGCUCGAAUGCCCAACGUCCUUGGAGCAGUCGACGGGACACUGAUUAAAAUAUUGGCUCCACCUCGGAAUGAACCCAGCUAUGUCUGCAGGAAAGGUUACCAUGCUUUAAAUGUGCAAGCUGUUGCAGACACUUCUCUCAGAUGCUUGCAUCCAACUGGAGGUGUGAUGCCCUUUGCACUGCCGAAGUCAAUUAAGGUCAUUGUUGCCUGUUUUAAGCUUCACAACAAAUGCAUCGAUGAUGGAGUUCAAAAUCCAGAUGUGGAAAAAACAGCAGAGGAAGCACAGAACAGACAUGUGAUGGCCAAUCUACCUUUAAAUCCUGCUGGGCAGCAGGUCAGACAGAGACUGGUACAACGCUUCUAA